ACGAUUAUUUUCACUGGUCGGAAUCCAGUCACAUCAAAACAACGUGGUUCGUUGUGGUUAGUUUUGUUAAAUCGAAUUUAUUUUGAAAUGGGAAAGAAAAAUGACCCAGAAUACGAUUCUGGAAGUUCAUCUGACGGAGAAAAUGAUGAUUCAACCAAAAUACCUACCAGAUCAGCAGAAUCCGUGAGCUCAAUCAAAAAUAAAGAUGUACGAAGACGGGAGUAUGCGAAGGUUAAGAAGGCCAAAAACAAGGCUAAAAAAGCACUACGGAAAAAACGUGAAGCAGAAGGGGCUCCCAAACAAGUGCCCCAUACGAUUGAAUCCUUACGAGUCCCUGAUGAAACAACUGUUAAUAUCACUGAGGAGAAGCAGCUUGAAAUAGAAAAAGACCAUGAGCUUGAUGAGCUAAGCACUUACUUCAGUCAGGAGGUAGAGCCGAAAGUCCUGAUCACUUACUGUGACAACCCUUUAAAGAAAACUCGUAUAUUUGGGAGAGAACUUACCAGGAUGAUUCCAAAUUCCAUAUCUCUUUACCGAAACCGUUCUGGAACCAAAAAGAUCUGCCAGAGUGCAAUUCGUGAAGGUUUCACUGAUGUAAUCAUAAUUAAUGAAGACAUGAAGCAGCCUAAUGGCCUACUUCUAAUACAUUUACCAAAUGGUCCAACAGCUCACUUUCGUUUGAGUAAUGUCCGCAUAACUCCAGAACUAAAGAGAAAUCAUAGAGAAAUAACAGAUCACAAACCUGAAGUUAUACUAAAUAACUUCACAACUCGACUCGGCUUAACUGUUAGUCGGAUGCUGGCUUCUCUCUUUCACUUUGAUCCUCAGUUCAGAGGUCGCCGUGCGGUCACUUUCCAUAAUCAAAGAGACUAUAUAUUUUUCAGGCACCACAGGUAUGAAUUCAAAAAUGGCAAGAGAGUUGCUCUUAGAGAAUUAGGACCACGCUUUACUAUGAAGUUACGAUCAUUGCAACAUGGAACAUUUGACAGUAAAACAGGAGAAUAUGAGUGGACUAGUGAAGGCAGGCGACAUGAAAUUGAAACCAGUCGUCGCAAGUUCUUUUUGUAAUCUUGACCACAUUGGCUGUGCUGAGUUCUGUAUGUCAUGUCUUAUUACAUCUAUAGUAAAUAUAAUAAACAAAAACAUAACAAUGUU